AUGGAUCCCUACGCGGGCGCCUUUGCUCGACCUCCGCCUCCCGGCUUCUUCUCAGCGUCGGAUCCUGCGCUCGGGCCGCCAACAGGCCUGCUCGUCGACCUCCGCCUCCCGGCUCCUUCGGCAUCGGAUCCUGCUUUCGCCCAGCUGCCGACGUGCCAGCUCGUCGACCUCGGCCUCCCGGUUUCUUCGCCUGCGGCGCCGGCACCAGCGCCGGUCUCCUGCGUCGCCGCCGCCUCCACAAAGCUUCAGCGGCUGUGCCCUGACUACGAAGACGACAUCGACCACAACCUCCGGUUGAUAGAGAAGAACGCCGAGGAGCGGCCGCUACCGGACUACUUGAAGAAGGUGCAGCAGGAUCGGGUGAGCGAGGCAGCGCGCGCCUCCCUCGUCGGAUGGAUGGACAAGUUCGUCCAAGACCAUGAUCUGGCCGACGGAACGCUCCACCACGCCGUCGCCUACGUCGACCGGGUGCUGUCGGUGCGAGCUCUGACGACUGACAGCGGCUACGAGCUACGCCUCCUGGCUGCCGCGGCCAUCUUUGUCGCCGCCAAAUACGAGGACCGGAAAGCCGUGUGGAAGCUGAAGGCCGACCAGAUCGCCAGGUACGGCAAGUUCGCCGCGGGCAAGGAGGUGCUCGACAUGGAGCGCGAGAUGGUGGAGGUGCUCGGGUACCAACUCGGCGGCCCCACGGCGCACACCUUCCUGGGCCACUUCAUGAGGUACGCCGAGGGGGAGGACAAGACCAAGAUCCUGCCAUUGGCGACUCGCCUCGUCGAUCAGUCUCUGCUCAACUACACGUGCCUCCGCAUCUUGCCAUCUGUCGUGGCGGCGUCCGCGAUCUUCCUCGCGAGGCGGACCCUGAAUCCGCUCGACGUCCUGGCGUGGAACACGGAGCUGACGGAGCUGACGGGUUACAACUGCUCGGACAUGACAGCCUGCGUGCUUAAUAUGUUCUUCUUCUCGCGCUCGCUCAUCUAUAGCCCUCCUUCUUGA